AUGUUUCUAUGUUUCAGUCUUGAAUCGCGAUUUUGGAUGAUGUCAACCUGCACUGCAUGUUCUUCAGAUUUGAGUAAGUCACUUAAUUCUAUCAAUAUAUAUAUAAUAGUCUAUUUUAUUUCAGAGCUAAAACUAGAUAGAAGGUAUUUAUUGGAAGUUGAAGUGGAAGACAGACUCAAGCCACCCUUGGAAGUUCAAUUCGAAAAUAUAGUUUGGUUAUCAGCCGACUGUCGGUGGUUUUGGAUACAACUACACAAGCUUCGAAAUUCGCAGUCAAUCAAGUUGAUAUUCCUAUGACUACAAACUUCAAACCAAACCUGGUCAGUGGAGAUUUGAAGAUCAACCUUGUCAGUUAUUUGUGCCUUUGAGACAACUUCAAAUUAUCUAAUCGAUAUUUGGAUGUGGUGGAAGCUGAAUCAUGGAAAAGGUGAGCAAAAUUAAGUUUGAGCAACGACUUGAAAACAUUUUCGAAAUGUGAGGCCUUAGUCUCAAAACAACUAACUUGAUCACUCACGUCCAAUAUCCUGGUCAGAAUGCCUUGAUUUUAGUCAAUUUUAGUCAUAAUAUCCACCCCAUGAAACUGUUAAUGAGUCAGUUAUUCUUUCAGGCUCGGACACUGCAAUUCUCAAUAUUCUACAAGGAUUUCAAACUCUCACAUGGCACGCAACAUCAUAACAACGACAUCAAAAAUCCUCCAAUCAUCUCACGCUGUCUCAAAAACAAUGUCUGAUUGUCAAGCAACACUCAAAACCCCAUAAUUCUUCGAUUAUUCAAUUUUAUUUCUGUUAUUUCACUGUUUUUUUGUUCUAUUGUCUAAUAAAUCAUGAUUAUAUACAAUUCUUUCGAAAAAAUUAGAAAUCGGCGCAUUCAACAAGCAAUAUUGAUAGUAAACCUAGAAUUCAGUUCCAAUCGAACAAGCAAAUGAGAAAAAAAUUUGAAUUGAAAAUAAAAACGAGCGUAGCUAAGAUUUACACCUCAGCGUAGUCUAAAGCGUACAAACGAGCGUUUGGUGCGUCAUACACCGCCUUAGCUACGCUCGUUUGUUCGCUUAGACUACGCCAGCGGAUGCUGAGAUGACGUGGUAACAGUCCGCAUUAGCAUACUGUAGCUCUCGUUCUGUGCAAACACACACACAACUGCGUACUAUGCAUUUAAUUUGACGAGCACGUAUUUUCUUUUUUUUUGUCAUCUUUUUUUCAUUUCCCGAAAAAAAGGGAAAACAUGCUUUGCAGUUCGAAAAUCAUUAUCUAGUUAAGCGAUUCCAGUUGUUCAAAAUUGUAUCUGAUGAUUUUCUCCCUUGUUUUUUUAUUGCAAAAAAUAGGCAAAAUGUAUUUUUUCCUUUCAGGUAAUUUUUCCUUGGCCUGGACAACAAAACAUGUUCAUGGAUAUGUGAGUUUUGUGGAAUUUUUUAAAUAGUUCUUUGCGAUGAAACGAUUUUUCGCGUUUUCCAUAUUGUUUCAAAAAACUUUUGAUUCUUCUAAAAAGUGUUCUAGUUUCAAUUACAUGUAGAAAAAUUGAAUUUUCCAGAAUUUCUAGUGAAAACCCAAAUCUUUUGCACUCUUAAAAUUAAACAUUAUUAUUUUUGCAGGAUUUCAAAAUAUGUUUCCUGA